AUGUUAGAAAAAAAGUUUGCUGACAUUGACAAGAAAUUUGAGAAUGUUUUAAACAAGAACAAGAGGAAGUUAGAAAAUGCUCAGAUAAAACCUAUACAUGACAAGUUCUUAUUUGCUCAGAAUGGUAUAACAGGUCUAAUCGCACCACCUGGGUCGGGUAAGACUUUCACUUAUCUUAAAAUGGCUGCACAACAACAAGAACUAGAUGAGAAGAACCCAUUCUAUGAGUUAGUAGUCAUUUGUAGUACUUCUGGUCAAUUUGACCAAACCGUCAAUUCGUUCAAAGAUAUUAUAAAGAAGUCUAAGUUAGUAUGUAUAAAGGAUACUGAGUUGUUAGAUUGGAUAAAGAAGUACCAAAGAAGA